GGAGAGAGAGAAGAGAGAGAGAGAGAGAGAGAGAGAGAGAGAGAGAGAGAGAGAGAGAGAGAGAGAGAGCACAGUAUGCCCUUGCCUCCCUCCUUCCUCUCUAUUAUAAAACUGAAAGGAGACUGAAUAGAGGAACAGUAGAGCUGGAAAACAAAGAAAGACACUGAAAGAGUACGGCAUAGAAAGGACAGGGAGAGAGAGAACGGGGCUAAAAUAACGGGACGUGUGUGAAGAGAGAGAAAGAGAGACAGACAGAGCUCAGUGUAGCAGCAUCACCACUUCCACCUCCUCUCUUCCAUAGCUACCUUUACCUCCUCCCUCCCUCCUCCUUCUGUACUCCAUCUCUCCUGGUUCUCCCUCCUCUCUUCCAUAGCUACCUUUACCUCCUCCCUCCCUCCUCCUUUCUGUACUCCAUCUCUCCUGGUUCUCCCUCCUCCUUUCUGUACUCUGUCUCCCCUGGUUCUCCUCUUCUCUGUCUACUACUAUUACCGCCAGCAGGACCAUGGAUACAGGAAGCCCCAGGAAGAUCCAGUUCACCAUGCCUCUCCUGGACUCACACCUGGACCCAGAGGCUGCUGAACAGAUCAGAAGACGUCGGCCCACACCUGCUACUCUGGUAGCAUCCAGUGACCAGUCUUCUCCAGAAAUAGAUGAAGACCGUCUUCCAAACCAGUUAUACAAGGCAGCAUUGAUGAACUCUCCCAGGCAAAGGAGGAAGGGCGCAAGAGUCACGCCCACUAUGAAAGAGUUACAGUUCAUGGUAGACCACCAUCUGUAUAAACAGCAGCAGCAGGGUGGAGGUGAUGAGUGUUCCUCAGAGAGCUGUCUGUCUGACAGACCCAGCCCGGACGCUCUGCCCAACGGGGAGGAUGAAGAGGAGGAGCUGCCGGAGGAUGAGGAGGCCUGGGGAACCGAGGACAAGGUCACUGCAGAGGCCUUUGAGAAGCUGCGCUGCCAGAUGGAGGAGUUUUCGCGGAGCAGUCUAUCAGAAGCUACAGGGGGACACGAGUGCCCCGUCUCCGAGGAGGAAGUGGGAUGCUCCACCGUUCCCAUGGCAGCAACAUCAUUGUCACAACAACAACACACACUAGCAGCUGCAGAUACAACAGCUGCUUGCACUGCGAGUCCACUGGCAGAGAAGAAAACGAAGAAACCUAGCCAGGCAAAACAAGACAAGUAGAACCGUAGAACAGCCUCCACAGCAACCUGGCAUGCGUCCUAAGUGGCACCCUAUUCCCUAGCUAUGAAGUGUACUCCUUUUGAUCAGAGUAGUGCACUAUAUAGGGAAUAGGGUACCACUUGGAAUGCAAACUUGAUGUUCAAUAAGUAACUUAGACAGACAGAUGACAGACAAUGACUGACCAUCCUUUUGACAGACAGACUUACGGCUGAAUUCAAUCUGUAUCACAGAGGUAUCGCAGAAAAUCUGCAUUAAAUGCAAAUUCAUUGGUGUAAAACACUACUUAAGAGUUUUUGGGGGUAUCUGUACUGUACUAUAUAUAUUUUUGACAACUUUUACUUUUACUCUACUACAUUCCUAAAGAAAAUCAUGUACUUUUUACUCCAUACCUUUUCCCUGACACCUAGAAGUACUCAUUACAUUUUGAAUGCUGACUAGGACAGGAAAACGAUCCGAUAUACACACUUAUCAAGAAAACAUCCCUGGUCAUCCCUACUGCCUCUGAUCUGGCGGACUCACUAAACACAAAUGCUUUGUUUGUAAAUGAUGUUGGAGUGUUGGAGUGUGCCCUUGGCUAUCUGUAAAAAAUAUAUAUAUUAUUGUGCUGUCUGGUUAGCUAAAUAUAAGGAAUGUGAAAUAAUGUAUAUAUAUAUUAUCAAUUACAUUUACUUUUGAUACUUAAGUAUAUUUAAAACCAAAUACUUUUAGACUUUUACUUAAGUAGUAUUUUACUGGGUGACUUUCACUUUUACUUGAGUCAUUUUCUAUUAAUGUAUUUUUACUUCUACUCAAGUAUGACAAUUGGGUACUUUGUUCACCAUUGUGUAAAGGUACUUUCUGAUUGAGCCAACAUGUGCAGCGUCUACCGUGAAUUCAGUCUCUGCGACCACGGGAACAUUGCCUUUAAUUGUCACGCCUGCUCCCGCUCUCCCUCUCUGGGCGCUCGACGGCGCCAGGCUACCCAUCAUUACGCACACCUGUCACCAUCAUUACGCGCAUCAGCGCUCAUUGGACUCACCUGGACUCCCAUCACUUUGUUGAUUGCCUCCUCUAUAUCUGUCUGUUCCUCAGUUUGUUCCCCCAUGUCAGCAUUAUUAAUGUCAUUAUUUUUCCCGUCCAGACGCUGUCCGUGUUCUGUUUCAUGUCCGUUGCUUAUUAAAUGUUCAGUCCCUGUACUUGCUUCUCGUCUCCCAGCGUCUGUCCUUACAAUGGUGCUAUAAAGCGGCUCUUCAUCGCUACGGAUGGAAUAGAGCCCUUUCUGUAGAUAAAGGAGCUAUCAGGGUAUCCGUCUGGCCGGGCCUUAUACCAUGCAGGUGGAAACGACAAUGUAGCUACUUGCAUUAGGUCCAAAAUCCUACAGUACCAGUCAAAAGUAUUGACACACCUACUCAUUCCAGGGUUUUUCUUUAUUUUGACUAUUUUCUAGACUGUAGAUUAAUAGUGAAGACAUCAAAACUAUGAAAUAACACAUUGGGAAUCAUGUAGUAAACAAAAAAAGUGUUAAACAAAAUCUAAAUAUAUUUUAUAUUUGAGAUUCUUCAAAGUAGCCACCCUUUGCCUUGACAGCUUUGCACUCUCUUGGCAAACCCUGGAAUGAGUAAAACAUUCUCUAACAUGAAGUUCCAAACAGGAUAUAAGUAUUUGGCUAUAUUUCAUGCAAAGUGUUUUUUGUUGUUGUAUACACAAACUGCAGCAGCCUACCACUCCCAUGUCUAAUAUGCCUGCUGCGUAAAACUUAUGAAUCCAACAUAUUGUUAAUUGUUAUUGUUGUAAUUGUUAAUUGGUUUAUUAAUUGUUAAUUAAUAUAACUAAGAUAUUUAUAAGAUUGCUUUAAUGUUUUAGACAUUCUGUCCUGGACUCGUGAAAAGUGAGCGGUAGUCUUGGUUGGCUAACAGAGAUCUUAAACAACAACAACAACUGGAUGUCUAUUUUUAUGAGUCACGGGGCAGUCAGAAGCUGCCUCACAAAUGACACCCUAUUCCCUACAGAGUGCCCUACUUUUGUCCAGGGCCCAUAGGGCACUAGUAAAAAGUAGUGCACUAUAUGGGAAAUAGGGUGCCAUUUAGGAUGUAUCCAGGGAAUCGUCUCUGAUCCAAUUUGGAAUUGAGAUCAGUCUCUGUCCCAUGUGAAUCUCUCAAGUCUAAAAUGACAGAUAAGGGACCUUCUAUUGGACAGAAGGACUCUGGCUGAACUUUGACCUUCUAAACCAAAACAACAUUGACUACUGACAUACCACUCAUGCAUGGCAAGACUUUUACUGUACACCCCCUUAGUACUGUGCUAAACCCAGUACAUACACCGUUUUUUGUUUGUUGUUUAGUAUUUAAUGUAUAUACAAUAACAACACCCAGAAACGUACGUAACUUAUUUUAUCAUUAGGAAUUAUUUUUAUUUUCUACAGGAUUGAUCCCAUACUCUGAUGUGGCAUUAGGCCCAUGAUUGGGUGACAUUUUAAACUACAGAUGUAGAAUUUUAAUUUGAUCACCCUGUUGCAGGAGAUCUUUCCUGCAUUGCGGGGACAUGUAAAACUUGUAGAGUAUUUGAGGAUUCAAAAGGCUUCUGAAGUUUGUCAUUUCCACUUUCAGAUUUUAGACUUGAUUUUUCCUCACGAAAAGUGUAUCAACCCCUACAAAAUAUGACAAUUCACUAUGCUUAUAAUAAUUCACAUUUAGCAAACUGGCUUAAAUUAAGAUUCUACACCUGUAUUGAGCUGUUGACAGCUACUGUUCAGUGUCAUCAUGUCCUUUUGAUUAUAGACUGGAUCUUUAUUCCAUGUUCUAUAUGUAUAGUACACAGCAAAUGAACCACGUGAAAAUUAAAGAUGUCUACAGAAUUAUAA